UUAUCCAACUUACAAAUCAGCAAAAACAAUUUCAAUGAAAAAUUUGAAAAAUCGAAUCAGCAAAUAGUUGAGAAAACAAAUCAUUUUAAGCCAACAACAGAAAAUUUGACCCCCAAAUCGUCGCUCAUCUUCUCCGGCAGCAGAGCCACCACUGCUACUCUACUCCGUCCCUAAAACCUCCAUUUUCCCUCAGGUGGUGCAAAAUAGUGGAAUAAGUUGGAAGAACGACCCUGGCUUUAGGUUUUUAAGAGGCAGCUUUAAUCAUGAUUUGACUAUAGGUUAAACAUGGCUCAGCAGUUUGUGCAAGUGAAUGUGAUGCAGUUUCGAAUUGGCAAAACAAACAUCAACCCGACACUUAAUCUGAAGUUCUCAUUACUUACCUAAAUGGAGCUCAAUGAAGAUCCUGGGCCAAUUGAUAAUCAUGUACUUUAUGAUCAAGAUAACCAUGUUUCUUCAGCAGUUUGGGAUGGACAGGAGCGCGGUGUUCUUAGAUGCCAUGAACACACUUCAAUGCUUGAUCAGUGGAAGCUCACACCUAAACAGAUUAAGUUGGUUGAAAAGGCUGGUUUUGGUUACCUACGAUUACUUCCUGCUAUGAGUCUUGACAACGCACUGAUAGCAGCUUUGGUUGAGAGGUGGAGGAGAGAAACAAAUACUUUUCACUUAAUCGUUGGAGAAUUAACAAUAACCCUGGAAGAUGUAGCAUUGUUACUUGGACUAGCUAUUGAUGGAGAACCUGUGAUAGGACCAAUAAGUGCACCAAGUGCAGCCUGUGAGAAACUACUAGGGAGAGUACCGGAUGAUUUGAAUGGUGGAAUGGUGAAGCUUACUUGGCUGAAGGAAUUCUUUUCUGAGUGUCCUGAAGAUGCAUUACUGGAGGAAACUGAACGUUGUACCCGUGCUUACCUUCUAUACCUAGUAGGCAGUACAAUAUUUUCUACAACAACUGGGAACAAAGUCCCUGUUAUGUACCUUUCUUUGCUUGAAAACUUUGAGGAGGCUGGGAAGUUUGCUUGGGGUGCAGGAGCAUUGGCGUUUUUAUAUCGAUCACUUGGCAAUGCUUCCCUUAAAUCUCAAAGCACAGUUAGUGGCUGUUUAACUCUAGUACAGUGUUGGAGUUAUUCCCGCCUCAAUGUCGGACAGCCUAAAUUUAACCAAGACCCUGACAGUAAUUGCUUUCCCUUUGUGCUUAAAUGGAAAGGGAAAAGUGGUUGUAGGACGAAAUGUAAUGUAGUUUCCUACCGAAAGGCUUUGGAUUCUCUUAAUCCUUGUGAUGUCCAGUGGCUUCCUUACAAGGAUAUGGACUAUGCAGCCAUACCAGAAUAUAUACAAACUAGUUUGGUUUUACGGGCAUCUAGGACUAUGCUGUUGUGUUUUGACAAGGCGGAAAGGCACCUUCCCGAUCGCUGCUUAAGGCAAUUCGGCAUGCAUCAAACCAUCCCAAAAUAUGUGGAACGGUGGGAGAGGAAGAGUCGUAUAGUGGAUCAUGGGGCAGACUUGAUGGGAAAACUGGACACGGCUCUCAAAGAAUGGUCAGAGCGUUGGCUUCAUAUUGUUGAAGGCGGCAACAUUUUAGAUGAGGAUGAGUACAUGCAGUGGUACCAGAAGAUAACUCGAAAAUACAUCGGGAGAGUUACAUCAUCUGUAGAGUCAGAGUAUCAGAGAGCAGUUACUGCUAUGAGGGAAAUUGCGAAUCUUGCUGAUAUAUUCUCAACAGAAGGGUUGGAUUCUUAUAACAGAGGCUUAAUUGAUGAAGUGAAAAAUAUUGCACACAAGUGUUUAACAGAACAGUUUGAAGAAAUACCGAAGGAGAAAGUGACUAAGAAGGGUAGUAGGAAACGUAAGCAAAAGGAUCAUCCGAGUACAGAGUACGAAUAACAGCAGACUAGAGAACUAACUGAAGCUAAUCCUGACUUUACCCCCUGAUAGUUAUUGUAAGUUUUCUUUAUUACUUUCAUUGUUCUUGAUGUACGAUGACCUUGUAUUGACAUGUUUAUGAUAUUAAAUCUAAGGGCUGGUCAUCAUUUUACA